AUGGAGGGUUCUAGCAAUUCUGGUGAAGGUUUUGACAGAGAGAAUGUAUUGGUGAAAUCUGUAAUUCAGCCUAUCAAUCUUAACUUCUAUAGUUCUGAUGGUCACAAUAGCUCUGUAGCUUAUAUAAAUGAGGGCUGUGAAUCACCUUCAUCAUCAUCAUCAUCAUCUUGGGAUUCUAAACCUGAAAUUGAUAUCCCAUCUGUAAUCAAUUGCCAUGAAGGCAUUAACCUGGAAGAGAACUAUCUUGAUAUGGAAGAACAAAACCAGUUUGUUGGGGUCGAAAACACAGAUUAUGGUUUAUUGUGGGAGAUGGACAAUAGAAGUUAUGAUGAGUUGCUCAAAAAGUUCUUAGAAAAGGAGGAAGAGCUAAGAUUUUCCAAUUUUAGACUUCAGCUUUCGGAACAAGAGAUUAUUAAGUUCAAUGUUCAAGUUGAGAAUAGUGAGGCUCAGCUUCAUAAUGUGCGCGAAGAAUUGAAGCGGAAAGAGGAGGAACUUAUUAAACAAAAAGAACUUUCGAAAGAAGAGAUUUUCAAGUUGAAGCUUUCGCAAGAAGAGAUUUUCAAGUUGAAGAUUCAAAUUGACGAAAGUGAGAAUCUGCUUGAUAAUGUGCGCGAAGAAUUGAAGCUGAAAGAAGAGGAAUUGAAGCUGAAAGAGGAGGAACUGAGUAAACUAAAAGAGCUUUUGGAAAAAGAGAUUUUCAAAUUGAAGAUUCAAACUGAGAAAAGUGAGGAUCAGCUUGAUAGUGUGCGCGAAGAAUUGGAGCUGAAAGAGGAGGAAUUGAAUAAACUAAAAGAGCUUUCGGAAAAAGAGAUUUUCAAGUUGAAGAUUCAAACUGAGAAAAGUGAGGAUCAGCUUGAUAGUUUGUGCGAAGAAUUGGAGCUGAAAGAGGAGGAAUUGAAUAAACUAAAAGAGCUUUCGGAAAAAGAGAUUUUCAAGUUGAAGAUUCAAAAUGAGAAAAGUGAGGAUCAGCUUGAUAGUGUGCGCGAAGAAUUGGAGCUGAAAAGGGAGGAAUUGAAUAAAUUAAAAGAGUUUUCAGAAAAAGAGAUUUUCAAGUUGAAGAUUCAAACUGAGAAAAGUGAGGAUCGGCUUGAUAAUGUGAGCGAAGAAUUGAAGCUGAAAGAGGAGGAACUGAAUAAACUAAAAGAGCUUUCGGAAGAAGAGAUUUUGAAGUUGAAGAUUCAAAUUCAGAAAAGUGAGUUUCAGCUUCAUUAUGUGCGCACAGAAUUGAAGCUGAAAGAGGAGGAAUUGAAUAAACUAAAAGAGCUUUCCGAAAAAGAGAAUUUCAAUUUGAAGAUUCAAAAAGAGGAGGAAUUGAAUAAACUAAAAGAGCUGGAUUUUUGGACGAAAAGGAAUAUAGUAUUGACCUCUAAACUGGAGGAUUGUCAGUCCAGAAACAAGGAAUUAGAAAACAAAUUAAGCCGAGACAGAGAUGCAAAAGUUGCACAAGAAAAGGGUUUGGAAGAAGAAAUCAAUUGUUUGAGGGAAGAACUUGGUAAGAAAAUGCAUCUUGUUGAAGCCGCGAAUAAGGAAAAGGAGAUGGUAGUGAUUGAAAGGAAUGAAGCAAAAACUAAGAUUAAAAAGCUUGAGCAUGAGAUAUUAUCCUGCAAUGAUAUAUUAUCAAAUACGAGAGGAUAUGUUAAAGAGCUCGAAGCAUCACUAACAGAGAUAGGGAUCAUCUAUAAAACUAUUCGGAAUGAAGGAAAAAUGUUGAAACUGAGAGUGGAAGAACUUGAAAAAGAGGUGACCAGACAGAAUGGCGUGAUAUCGGAUAAGGAUGAGGAGAAGAGGGAGGCAAUUAGACAGUUAUGCUAUUCAGUUGAGUACCACAGGAGCGAAUAUCGUCAACUUGUUCAAGCAAUUAAUAAGGUGGCGUCGCCAUCGUCACCAUGGUCACGUUGUUAUAGUUUCCUAAGGUUACAUUAA